AGCUAGACAAGGGGAAAAACAAGGAAGAGCUCACAAGCAGGCAGGUCGGUGUGUAUGUUCACUUGUCCAGAGUGUGCCGUGGAGACCAAGAAAAGAGGAGUUUACCCAGGCAGUGGGUUUCUCAACACGGAUAUGGACGUCCCAGAUUCCCCAAACUGGAAUAUGGGGCUGCUAAGGACCUUUGAUUCCUCUGAGUUUGGCAGCUGGGAGAAAAUUGGCUCAGGUGGAUUUGGACAAGUAUACAAAGUCCGGCACAUACAGUGGAAAACAUGGCUGGCUAUCAAGUGCCCUCCCUGCCUUCACAUGGAUGACAAGGACCGUGCGGAGCUGCUCGAGGAAGCCAAGAAGAUGGAGGCGGCCAAGUUCCGUUAUAUCCUUCCCGUGUAUGGGAUCUGUGAGGACCCCCAGGGCCUGGUCAUGGAAUACAUGGAGACCGGCUCUCUGGAGACCCUGCUGGCCAACGAGCCGCUGCCCUGGGAGCUCCGCUUCCGCAUCAUCCACGAGACAGCGGUGGGCAUGAACUUCCUCCACUGCAUGAAUCCGCCUCUGCUCCACCUGGACCUGAAGCCUGCCAACAUCCUGCUGGACGCACACUAUCAUGUCAAGAUAUCUGAUUUUGGCCUGGCUCGGUGGAACGGCCUGUCACGGGCUGACGACAUCAGCAGAGACGGCUUCUGCGGCACCAUCGCCUACCUGCCUCCCGAGAGCAUCAUAGAGAAGGACAGAGUGUCGGACACCAAGCAUGAUGUUUAUAGUUUCUCCAUCGUCAUCUGGGGGAUUCUCACACAGAAGAAACCGUACCAAGGAGAGAAUAACAUCCUGCAGAUCAUGGUGAAGGUGGUUAAAGGCGUGCGUCCAGACUUGGCGGCAGUGUCGCGCUGUCGACCUUCAGCGUGUUCGGGUUUCCUGAGCCUCAUGCAGCGCUGCUGGGCCUCGAACCCUGACGCCAGACCCAGCUUCCAGGAGAUCACAUCUGAAGCUGAGGAGCUCUGCUCCAAACCUCAAGAGGAGCCCAGGACGCCCACCUUAUCUACGUCAGAGUCGGAGUCCUCGUCCCAUAACGCACUCACUGGUGACCAGGUCAAAGACAAGCCGGUGCGUCCAAAGUCCGCCAUGUUGCCGGAAAAAGAUUACAGCCUAUCGGAGCUGCUGAGUCAGGUGGAUUCUGGGAUCUCCAGGAGCUUUGAUCGAGUGAAGGAAGAUGGCUGCCACAGCAAAGAGAACACCUGCAAGAGACUGUCUGGCAUCUCCUCUGCAGAUUCAGCCUUCUCCUCCCAAGACUCCAUCACGCUGUCUUUUGAAAAAGAAAGUACAUAUGAUUCUGCUGAGGUCCAGAAGCGGAAGCUGUGUGAUGCCAUCAGGACCAAAGACACUGCCAAGCUGAUGAAGAUCCUCCAGCCUCAAGACGUUGACCUUCUCCUGGAUGGAGGGGGCAGCCUACUCCACCACGCCAUCACCUUGAACAACGAAGAGGCCAUCAAGUUCCUCCUCAUGAACAAUGCCAAUCCCAACCUUGCCAAUGCCCGUGGCUCCACACCCCUCCACCUGGCCACAGAGAAGCACCUGAAGCCACUGGCGGAACUUCUGCUGAGCCGCCGCAGCACCAACAUCAAUGCCAAAGACGAAGACCAGUACACAGCUUUGCACUGGGCUGCUCAAAAUGGGGACGAGGCUAUCACGCGCCUCCUGCUGGACCGCGGAGCCGCCAUCAAUGAGACAGACGGUCAGGGCCGCACACCGGCUCAUGUUGCAUGCCAGCACGGUCAGGAGAAUGUGAUCCGGGUGCUGCUGAGCCGCGGUGCAGACGUUCGCAUCAAGGGCAAGGACAACUGGACGGCGCUCCACUUUGCUGCUUGGCAAGGACAUCUGGGUAUCGUGAAGCUACUGGUCAAGCAGGCCGCUGCCGACGUGGACGGACAGACGACGGACGGCCGCACGCCGCUGCAUCUGGCAUCCAGGCGGGGGCAGUACCGAGUGGCGCGGAUCCUGAUUGAACUAGGUGCAAAUAUUCACAUGCUGUCCGCCGGGCUGAACACGCCACUGCACGUGGCUGCAGAGACGGGUCACACCAGCACGUCACGCCUCUUGAUCAAACACCAGGCGGAUAUUCACGCCCAAAACGAUCACAGACUCACUCCCCUCCACCUAGCCUCCCAGCGAGGCCACCUGGCCACCGUCAAGAUGUUGAUAGAAGAAGGGGCAGACCCAUACAGACCCGCCCAUGCCCUACGCACGCCCUGCCACCUAGCGGCAGAGAAUGGACACUGUGAAGUCCUCAAAGAGCUGCUCCACCACUGUCCUGAUGGUGGCGCUCUGUCAGAUGAGCAGGGGCUCAGCCCGUUACACCUGGCAGUGCAGGGUGGGUACUCGGAUAUCAUAACUGUGCUGUUGCCACAGGAUUGUCAGGACAUGGUUACUGAGAACUCAGCGCAGCUGGGAGCCGAGCAGCCAGGCCCACCGGAGGCCAAGCAGCUCCAGAGAAAAGUUGUGAUUCUCAAACUGACCGAGCGCAGUGACUGUCCACAAGCAACCAGCUAACCAGAGCACAGACUCUGUCAGAACUGUGUCACUGUUUAUACGCCACUAGUGCCUUAGUUAGGGAGCGGAUUAUCUUUCCAAUCUUAGGACUUUAACGCCCCUUGAGCACUGCAGGUAAUUUCAUACUGGUCAGAAAACCGUUUAAUGUAAAUAUGUAAAUACUUGCUUUUGAUUUCAGAUUUUUUUUGUAUACUUUUUUUUACAUAACAAGCUCCUUUUUUGAUGUAACAAGCACAUGUUGUGUAUCAGGAUUCUGAUUGUGUGACCUGUAAACCUGGGGACUUCUCACUGUACUGCACAACAGCUGGUUUUCCCUGUGAGUUAAUGUUUUAUCAGAACACACACUUUGGUCACAAGCGCUGUACAGCAUCACAGCCUUUGCAUUAUCUUUUUUUAAAGAGAAAGAAAAAGAAACAUCAGUGUUCUGUACCUGUUACAUAUUAGUGCAUCAUCAUCCAUUAAAAGAUUUAAAAAAAUAA